AUGUCCACUAAUGAAGACACUGAUAAAACUCCCCUACUAUCUCAACAAGGAACCUCAGAAAAUGCACUCUCUCCAGCUACAUCCUCCUCAUCCAAACUGAACCCUAGCAAUAGUGCUGAAAAUACAGUCAAAACAAAAGCAUUAAUUCCAAAUCGUUUACCACCAAAAUCUUUAAAUAAUACGAAUUCGACAUCAUCAACUAAAAUCCAUUCAAAAAUUUCAAACUCAAAUAAGAUUGGCUUACAGAGGACUAGUAGAACUUCUCAAAAAUUAAAAUUGUUACCCGAAGAUCCAGAUUUCCAUAGCAUAAAUAACAAUGAUCAAGUCAACGCUGGCGAUGACGAUGAUGAUGAUGACGAAGAUGAUGACGAUGAAACAAGAAGUAAAAGACGUACGAGAGUGUAUUCCCAAGCUAAAAUGAUCACUGACUCAACUGCGAGAAAAGAUGCUGAAACAUUGGGGAAACUGCAUCGAGAUUUAUUACCAAGAGUUACAGCCUAUUGCACUUGUGCUUCCUAUAAAAUGAAGGACUUAUUAAGAUGGUUGAAAGACAGAAAAAGAAUCCAUAGUACAAGCCCAAAAUUAUUUGAUGAAUGUCUAUAUACACCUUUCGAAUAUAAAGAUUGGAGAGGUGAUAGUAAUGGUAAUAAUAACGAGGAAGAAGAUGGACAUAAAUUAAUACGAUUAGCAGAUGAAGGUGGUGAAAUAGAUAUUGGAAAGAAAUCAGAUAUCUUCAUAUUUGAGUAUGGUGUAGUCAUAAUGUGGGGUUACACUCAAAAGGAAGAGAUUUCUUUUUUGAGUGAUUUAGCAAAAUUCGAGAGUGAAAAAUUAUCAGAAGAAGAUAUUCAAAUUGAGGAAUUCAAUUACUAUAUCACGAAAUCAUAUCAACCAAGAAUUUAUAAUGAUUUUAUAACUUUGAGGGAUGAUGAUAAUUACAUGUUAAAAUUAUCCAUAUCUCAUGCAUUAGCUCAAUCUGUUAAAAUAUCAUUAUUCGAAGAAUUAGUAGACAAUACCAUAGAGGACACUCAGGAUAUACCGCAACAAAUAGCACAAACAGGUAAAGUUGAAAUGACAAGAGACGAAAUAAUGAAAUCAAUAGGUGAAUUAUUCAUCUUAAGAAUAAAUAUAAAUUUACAUGGAUCAGUACUAGAUUCACCAGAAUUGAUGUGGGCCGAACCUCAUUUGGAACCUAUUUAUCAAGCAACAAGAGGUUAUUUGGAAAUAAAUCAAAGAGUUGAAUUGUUGAAUCAAAGGUUGGAGGUUAUUUCGGAUCUCUUACAAAUGUUGAAAGAACAAUUGGGUCAUUCUCAUGAAGAGAAUUUGGAGUUCAUUGUGGUAGUAUUGGUAGGAGUUCAAGUUUUGGUCAGUAUAAUUAACAUUAUUAUUGAUGUUUUGACUUAUAAGUAA